CUCACAGACACACACACACACACACACACCAACCAGGCCACCAGCCAUUCCAAAAUUUUCAUUCCUGAAAGACUGUCUCCUUCUCUCUCUCUCUCUCUCUCCCCCCAAUAUUGUAGUGCCCAAUACCACUUAAACAAAAGCAGCGAAAAUAUUCAUACUCCCCCCGUCCAAUGGCGACCAUGGCUGCCCUUUUCAUCAAAACUCCAAAUCCAACUCCCUCCUUUCCCAGAGCACAAAAAACCCAUUUCACCCCAUCUAUCAAUCUUUCUCUCUCUUCUGUCUCAAAGCCAAGAACCCACCCCAGAACCCGUAUUUCUUGCGGAUUGAUUGACCCGGAUGGUGGCAAACUCAUUGAGCUCGUGGUUGAUGAGUCCCAGAAGGAUAUCAAAAAGAGACAAGCUUUGUCUUUGCCCAAAAUCAAGCUCUCGACAAUCGAUCUUCAAUGGGUCCAUGUGCUCAGUGAAGGUUGGGCAAGCCCGUUGAAAGGGUUCAUGAGAGAGUCCGAGUUCCUCCAAACUCUUCAUUUUAACUCGCUCCGAGUUGAAGACGGGUCUUUCGUCAACAUGUCGGUGCCUAUCGUGCUCGCCAUUGAUGAUUCGCAGAAGAAUCAGAUUGGUGGGUCGACCAGUGUUGCUCUUGUUGAUUCUAAAGAUAACCCUGUUGCAGUUUUGAGCAACAUUGAGAUCUACAAGCAUAACAAGGAAGAAAGAAUAGCGAGAACAUGGGGUACCACUGCCCCUGGCCUACCUUAUGUUGAGGAAGCAAUAGCCAAUGCUGGAAACUGGCUGAUUGGAGGUGACCUGGAGGUGAUUGAACAAAUCAAGUAUCAUGAUGGCCUCGAUCGGCUCCGACUGUCCCCAGCAGAACUCCGUGAGGAAUUCACCAGGCGGGGUGCCGAUGCAGUUUUUGCUUUUCAGUUGAGGAAUCCUGUGCACAAUGGCCAUGCUUUGCUUAUGACCGACACGCGGCGUCGACUUCUUGAGAUGGGCUACAAGAACCCUGUACUCUUGCUCCAUCCGCUGGGAGGCUACACAAAGGCUGAUGAUGUUCCUCUUACUUGGCGAAUGAAGCAACAUGAGAAGGUGCUUGAAGACGGUGUUCUGGAUCCAGAGACUACUGUGGUUUCUAUAUUCCCAUCUCCCAUGCACUAUGCUGGACCAACAGAGGUGCAGUGGCAUGCAAAGGCUCGGAUAAAUGCAGGUGCAAACUUUUACAUUGUUGGACGAGAUCCAGCUGGAAUGAGCCAUCCAAUCGAGAAAAGAGAUUUAUAUGAUGCUGAUCAUGGCAAAAAGGUACUGAGCAUGGCUCCUGGACUUGAGCGGCUAAACAUCCUCCCUUUCAAGGUCGCUGCAUAUGAUAAAACUCAGAGUAAAAUGGCAUUUUUUGAUCCAUCAAGGCCUCAAGAUUUUCUCUUUAUUUCGGGAACCAAGAUGCGAACACUCGCGAAGAACAAGGAAGACCCUCCCGAUGGAUUCAUGUGCCCUGGUGGUUGGGAAGUCUUGGUGGAAUACUAUGACAGUUUGGCUCCCACUGAGAAUGGCAAAGUGCUUGAACCAGUCCCAGCUUAAGAGAUUGACUAUGUUGACAUGUAUACUGUAUGUUUGGGUGAAACCUUGAAGUUUACUCAUCGCCAAUGUGGAAAUGGUUCCAAUUUGGGGAAAUCACUGGCCUGUCUCUGGCGAUUAGAGGCGUGUUUAUAUUGCUUGACUUGUAAGUCUGAGUAGAACCGAGGACAAGGCAAACACCUUGGAUUCAGUUUGUCCAAGUAAUUGAGAGAACAUAAGUAUUGAGGAUAAAUGUACCGUUUGCAUUCGGAUCGACAUUGAAGAUUGAUUUUCCCUUCAAAUGUAUGGUUAGGAGGAUGGCUAUCUGAUAUAAAGCUUGAACCAUUAUGUUCCCCAGCAUGAUGUUGGUCAUUAGAGGUCCAUUUCUUCCCCGAGGUGGUCGGUUCAUAAGCUCUUCAGCAGGCUGCUUCAUAAUCACUGCCAGAGCAGCCAAUGUAUCAAUCAUCAGCUUCACCCACAUUAUUUGAAGAACUGGAUAUGGGACUUUACCAGCUGAUAACAAUGCCACUGCACCAAUAUUCGGGGGUUCACCUGUUGAAAUUGCCAUCACAAAGUCGGUCACCAGAGCAACAAAACUGGUAAUGAGCAGGAACUGAGUGUAUAUCUGCACACUCUCAAAAAUGCCUCUUCCCCAACUCAAAAUGCUUAUUACAGAAGCCAGAUUUUUGUCCUGGAUGACAAUAUCUGAGCAGGCCUUGGCUAUAUCGGUACCAAGACAUAGUCCUACAUCAGCUUCCCUCAAUGCCUGCACAUCUCCAAUCCCACACCCAAUAACUGCAACAACAUGGCCCUUCUGUUUCAAGCAUUGCACCAUAAGCAAUUUAUGUUUGGGGCUGGCUCCUGCCAUCACACAGAUGUUGUCAACUUUUUCCAUUCUCUCCUCUUGAGUGUAGUUCCAAAAUUCCACACCUUGUAUUACUUCUCCAGGUUGUUCAUUCGCCCCAACUACACCACAUUUCGUGACUAUAACUCUGGCAGUUUGAAUGUUGUUUCCUGUGAUGAUCUUGAUGUUCACUCCAGCACGUUGGCAAUCUUUCACAAAAUCUUCAACUCCAUCUCUAAGCGAGUUUUUUAGACCAAAAAGACCUAAUAAGAUCAAAUGUCGACUAGGAAACAAUCUUUGUGUCGAUGUUUUUUUAUGAGCGAAAGCAAUGCACCUGAGGCCAUUCUUUGACAUGCGUUCAAGUAUUUGAUACAACAACAUCUGUGCAUUUUCGUUAAUGGGUUUGACAGUUCCGUCUGCUUCAUAAUAGUGAGAGCAUGAGGGUAUUAUCACCCCAGGAGCUCCUUUAUGGUACGCAUGAAUCGUGUUGUCGCCAUUCUUUCUUAUCAAAACCGCGCUUUGUCUAUCCUCUGAGCUAUAGGGUUUAAUUUGAAGAAUGGUACAACGUCUGUUCAAUGAUUCUAUGUUCAUUCCGGUAUUUUGACUGGCCCAAUCGGAAAUUACUUUUUCGAUGGGAUUCUGGGGAGAUUGGAACAAACCUGCAUUUAGACCGAUUCCUUGGUGAAGCAAUUCAAUGACAGCUGGUGCAGUCAAAAUGGCAGUAACUUGUUCAACGAACCUCAAACCCAGGCAGAACUCUUUCACCUUUUUCACAAUAAUACAGAUACAAGGGAAUUAGAAUAGAGGACAAGUUGGUGCUGUUGGUUGUACAAAGAGACGAAGAAUGGAGGUCAUGAGAUAUGUCGGAUGAUAGGGGCAAGAUUCUGUUGGAGAAGGAGGGGAGGUAUUACCCUAACCAUGGGGUUUUUCAAACUUAUAGCUAAAAGGCGGUACUUUUCAAACUAUUUAUCAAAUUCAGAU